AUGAAUCGUGGAGUCUUCAUUUUUCUUCAUUUAGUUUAUCUAUCAUCCUCUCUCCGAAUUGGUGAAGGUGUUGGACCAAACUUUCCACCAGCUGCUUAUAAUCCAUGCUCUUACCCGCAGCAAGUUUACUAUUGCUAUGUCAGUUACUUGGAGAAGUAUGGCAUAAGGCCUAUUAACGGUCAACUGCCAUACUUCUCUCAGCUGGAGAAAGUUUUGAGAUAUGAUUUGGAUUUCAUCAACGUUUGCAGAGACUAUGACGAUUUGGACAAAUGUUUGAGCGGCUCCGAUCUCUGUAUAUCUGUUGAAUCGUUUUCCUUGUUCACGAUGAGAGAUGCUAGUUACCCAGAAGCUGUAGCUUAUCUGCAAAGUUAUGCGAUCAUGGAAUACGCAUGUGGUGAAGGUAGAAUGGGUUUCAUUGAUAAUUCGGUAUGCAUGACCGCCAAUCUUCGUGCAGCAAGUUUACCUGAACAGAUGCACCGUUGCAUGAACCAAGAUAUCGCUCAGAGUUGCGAUUUGGCAAGACAAAUGGUAGAUUGCGUAAAAACAUCCAUGACAACAUCAUGCGGGUAUGUGGCAGGAGUUGUUUCUUGUGGUGCUGCUACAAACAUACUUCGAUUAGAAAAAGAUGUUGACGGUUUUUGUCUUUUGGAUUUAACUCAUCAAUGUAACUCACACUCUCUACUUAUCUUUUUAUUCCCUUUCACUUUCACAAUUUUUCUUGUACUCUAA